CAGAUGAAUCCUGACUUCCUCCUGUACAACACAAAUGUGGCUACAAACCGUCUUCAUCCAGGAAUAUUCCAAUCACCCGCACAAACAGUGCCAACAUCAGCAUUCAGUGCUACUACCCCCGGCAUGGAAAUGUCAGCAGCAACGCCAUCAAACCAACAUGGAUUCCUGUCAGCACCACCAUAACCAUGGAGGAGAGGCUCUCCUUUGCACUGUAUCUGAUGAAAGAUGAUUGGAGCGGUCUGAGGGACUCCAAUAUUGUAUCACUUGGUGACUCCUUGAACAUCGAGGCUUUUGUCAAGGUAGACAACCAUAUGCCGAUGAGGAUCGUUGUGGACAGCUGUGUGGCAUUGCUAGCUCCGGACCCCAAUUCCUCCCCUCGAUAUGAGCUCAUUAACAAUUAUGGAUGUCUGGUGGAUGGGAAACAAGAGGACUCUUCCUCCACCUUCAUAUCAAGGAGACCUGAGCCAAACAGACUGCGCUUUGAGAUUGAUGCCUUUAGGUUCACAGACUACAACCAGCCAAUGAUCUAUAUCUACUGUGUGUUGAAAGCCGUCCCACUCAACCAGGCCCCAGACCCAAUGAACAAGGCCUGUUCCUUCAGCAAAACCAGCAAUUCGUGGUCCCCAGUGGAAGGUUCUGCCAACAUCUGCAGUUGUUGUGAAUCUGGAAAUUGUGAUGGCUCUCAAUCCAGAAGGCUGAGGCCAGGAUCUAGGCACUGGAAGAGACAUCAAGCUGAAGAGAGAUUGGAGGAGGUGAUCCAGACCCAGCUCCUGGGCCCCAUUUGGAUCGUCAAUCUGGAAGCUGACAUCAAACCUGAUGGUGGGCAGGCUCUUGCUGUGCAUGCUGACCCUGAACAAGUGAAGCCCUGGAUGGUGGUGGCUGUGGGAGGCCUGUGG